AUGUGCUUUGAAAAGUUCAUCAAAUGCCCUGAGGAAGCAGUUUGCCUGGAAUGGGAUGAGAUGUUUAUCCAUGGUGAUGUAGAAGCUGUCAGUCUUGCUCUUCUGACGCCCAACAGCGAGGAGGUGCCGCUGGCUCACGGAAUCAGCAUUGCCAUCGGAACCCUGAUAGUUUCCAUGGGAACGCUGAUCAUGCCAACUUUCAGCAGACGAGCAGCACCUGAUCAUGAUUUAUUGUUGUUGUGUGUUGGUUACUCACCAUUCUCUCUGCCUCUACUAUGCUGGCACCUGUCACAUCUCCGUAAACUGCGCAGUAAAAGCCGAUGCUCGUCUGUAGGAAGGGGGUUGCUGGCGAGCGCUACUCCACUAAGCAAAACCCCCGCACUACGGACUCUUCUCCCGGCCCGACUGCAGUACGGACCAACCAGCCAUACUGUCUCUGCCUUGGUGGACUCUGGAGCAGAGGCUGUCCAUCCUCCUGGUCCAGUCUUCGUCUGCACCGGUGGUGCUAGGGCACCCAUGACUUAUGUUUCAUUUCAGGAUGAACCGGCAGAUUUAUCCAGAGAACCUGUGGCAUACCAUGAUUUGAGAGCGGUGUUCAGUCGGUCCCGUGCCGCGACCCUUCCUCCUCAUCGUCCCUUACGAUUGCGCAAUCGAUCUGCUUCCUGGGCAGGGUUCUUCAUGGAGAAGGAUGGCUCGCUUAGACCCUACUUCAUCACACUGCAGCACGAGGUCAAUCACACUGACAUCAUCAUCAUCAUCAUGCAGUCAUCUGCAGCAGAGGAUGCUUUUUCCUAUCCUUCCACAAUGAGCCUGUCUGUGCCUUUAUCUGUGGAAAACCCUUGUUUGGCUGAUCAAUACCACAGUCUGCAGUCGAGUCCUGUGAUCACUGUCAGCCAAAGGGAAGAGGCCGUGGCCUCCAAGUACUAUCUUUCCCAUGGCGUCCAGUCUAAUGGAGUGGUCUCUCUGGACAGCCCACGUAUUGAAAUCACCUCCUACAGACAUUAUCCAAAGGAAGAUGUGGGAUGGACCAGUGCGAUGGAUCCCAUGGCCAAGCAAAUCAACAUAGUAACGACUCUAACUCUGCCCAGCGCAGAUGCAUACCGAGACCCGAACUACUUCAGCCCUGCCAGAAGCCUCUCGUCUCGCAGCUGUAACUCAGAUGCCUCCUAUGAAUCGGGCUUCUACAACUACGACAACUCUCCCCAGAACGCAUCCUGGCAGUCACCCUGCGUCUCACCCAAAGGGUCCCCUUCUGUGCCCUCCUGCCCUCAUGCAGCGGCCUCCAUUGCUUCCUCUCACCACUCGCCCAGUGAAGACAUCUGGACUGGGCCCCCAUUUGGUUCCAGGUCCAAUUCCCCAUCCUGCAGUGUUGGAGGCCAAAGCAAGAAGAGGUACAGCUUCAGUAGCGGCUUCCUCAGGCAGAUGUCUCACUCACCUGGCCCGUCACCUGUACCCUCCCCGCAAGGCUCUCCGCAGCCCAUCACGGCCGACGAUAAAUGGAUGAGUAACACAAACCAGUACACAAACUCUGCCAUUGUUGCUGCGAUCAACACCCUGAGCACAGAUGGGUCGGGUGACCUGGAUGACGGGGUACCCUUCAAGUCUCGCAGGACCUGCCUGGAGCAGAACCCCACUUUGAGUCUGAAAGCAGAAUCUGUGGAAGAUAUCUACAGCAACAGCACCCAACGGCCCUUCAAAGAGGAGAGUUACUGCACUGACUAUUUGUUUGUGCCACAACACCCCUACUCCUGGAUCAAAGCCAAGCCUUGCGUCAGUCUGCCUGUAAAGCCACUGGACUGGCAGCUUCCGUCCCACUCUGGUGCGUACAGCCUGCAGAUUGAAGUUCAACCCAAAUCUCACCACCGAGCCCAUUACGAGACAGAGGGCAGCCGGGGGGCAGUGAAGGCCCACUCAGGUGGUCACCCAGUGGUGCAGCUCUAUGGCUACAUGGAGAUGGAGCCCCUCACCCUGCAACUAUUCAUCGGGACUGCAGACGAUCGCCUGCUGCGACCCCACACCUUCUACCAGGUCCACCGUAUAACUGGCAAAACCGUCUCCACUGCCUGUCACGAGGUCCUGCAGUCGAACGCAAAAGUGUUGGAGAUCCCUUUACUGCCUGAGAACAACAUGAGAGCUAUAAUUGACUGCGCAGGCAUUUUGAAACUGCGUAACUCUGACAUCGAGCUGCGAAAGGGAGAAACAGAUAUCGGUCGUAAGAACACUCGUGUGAGGAUGGUAUUUCGUGUCCACAUCAGUCAACCCAACGGCAGAACGGUGUCUCUUCAAACGGCAUCCAGCCCCAUUGAGUGCUCACAGCGCUCAGCACAGGAGCUGCCCCUGCUGGAGAAACACAGUGUAGACUGCUGCCAUGCUGCUGGAGGCCGGACGAUGCUCCUGAGUGGACACAACUUCCUGCCUGACUCCAAGGUGAUGUUUGUGGAGAAAACUCAAGAUGGGCAUCAUUUGUGGAAAACUGAAGCAAAAGUAGACAAGGAUUCUUUCACGUCCACAUCAUUGGUUGUUGAAGUUCCUCCGUACUGGCGUCAGCAGAUCUCUGGUCCAGUGCAGGUCAGUUUCUACGUGUGCAGUGGCAAAAGGAAACAGAGUCAGUACCAACGCUUCACCUAUCUUCCCUGUGGUAGUGAGUGCUUUAAUGAACACCUUUCUCCUGACUUUAUCUGUGCAAUACAGCAAACCAUCUACCCUCAAUUUCAUGAAAUCAAAUUUGCCAAGAAUUUUUUGGGAUAA